AUGGAGCAACAGGUUUCUACUUGCUUCGAAGCGACACCUCAAUUUGCGGCUUUUCUCCAAGAUAAUCUCAUCCAUCUCGAGCUAUUGCUGAAGGAGCUGAAUUGUCACUUUGCAACUUUUCCGGGCGACUUUGUGAAGAUAUCGCACCCACCAGGGAUUACUGCCGACUACUUGCAGCUGUACCUUUUGGAACAUUAUUCAAACCUAGAGUUUCAGAGGAUUUUGGAUUUCCAUGAGGCCGGACUUGAAGGAAAGUCAACAAGGACCAUCAACUUAACCUCAACGCAAAAUGUGAUUGUCAGGCACUACCAGGACUGGAUUUCCGCUCACACGGAGCUUGCGGGCUUGGUGUUUAAUCCCGAUCGCUCUAUCAGCCUUUUUGGCGAGUUUGAAGCUGUGCAGAAGGCAACUCUCGCUAUAAACACCAUUCUCUGUCACUACUCUCUUGGUUUCAACUCACCGGCCAAGCAACAUCAAAAUGAACCAAAAUACGUUCCGCAUCGGAAAAAUUUCUCCGAAGAAGAAGAAAAUGCAACCGGCUACGAGAAAAAUUCGGAUGGUAUCAGCUCGUUACUACAAGAAAAGCCAACCACUUUUAUAAAUUUGCAAACGAGCUCGCCGGAGCCUGCUGUAAGAGGAAUGUUUCAAGAGCUCGGGGCGUCUCGCUUGCAAAUGCCACUGUCUGCCUCAAAUUCGCCUUUGUUUGCAUCGAAGCCAUACAUGUUUACAGAAAAUCUUUCGUCACAUGGCAAUAGGCCCCCGUUGUCACCAGCUUCGCUGCCUGCUUCACCAGUGGAUUCGGUACAUAGUGGUCUACCAAUGGACACUCCAAGUGCCAAGCAAGGUGAGAUGCGAUCGCGCCUGAUGUUUAUGGUCAAAUCAUGCGAAGCUCCACGACUAAUUGGCUCUCGCGGUGCAAAUAAGAAAAAACUUGAACAAAUAACGGGAUGUCAUCUAAUGUUCCACACUGAGAACAGACGUGAAGGGCAAUUUCCAAUUGAGAUUUCUGGAACAAGUGACGACGUCGUGCGAGAUGCUAAGCAGACGAUUGUCGCAUACUUGGAUAGUGAAGCAACGGCUCCUGGUCAUGAUUCGCCUUCGAAAACACGCUCUCCGGCGAAAAUCAUGCUGCAACUUUCUCCUAAGAAGCGAGCGGAAACUGAAAAA